AUGGAAGAGGAAGAAGUCCUCCCAGACGCAGCGACGCAAGAAUCCAUGGCCUCGUCGUCGAUCUUGUCAGCUACGAGCCCGCUCGAGGCGGCGCACAGCUCUGAUAUUGAUGUUGUGCAGGCGUGGGAGAAUCUGCUCUCCGCCCCGGAGGAGCAUCACUUCGAGAAUGGACGCCGCUAUCACAUGUUUCGACAGGGACGUUACCCGAUACCCAACGACGAGGAUGAGCAGGUGAGGGAGGAUAUGAAGCACGCUAUGCUACUCGAGUUGACGGGUGGAAAAUUAUUCUACGCUCCCAUCGGCGACUCUCCUGAAAGGAUCAUGGAUAUUGGCACUGGAACAGGCAUAUGGGCAAUAGACGUUGCGGAUGUAUAUCCCGGAGCGGAGGUCCUAGGGACCGAUCUUUCUGCAAUACAGCCGGACUUGGUUCCACCAAAUGUUCAUUUUGUCGUCGAUGACGUCGAAGACCCCGAGUGGCUCAAUGGUUCCAACUGGGAUCUGAUACAUCUACGCAUGGUGUCGGGCUCGUUGAUCGAUAUACAGGGGGUUUUCAACCGAUGUUACGAACACAUAAAGCCCGGAGGAUGGAUCGAACUUCAGGACAUGCAUGCGUUUCCGCAAUGCGAUGACGAUACCAUGAAGCCGGACGACUUUCUGCUGGCAUUUUAUUCAAUGGUCCACCAGGCCUUUAAUGCGCUCGGUAUGGACCACCGGCACCGACCCAAGGAGAUGAAAAACUACCUCCAGCAGGCAGGCUUCACCAACAUCAAAUGCAUCGUAAAGAAGACGCCGAUCGGCCCCUGGGCCAAGGGAGACCAGCUGCAGCGCAUCGGCGAGUGCAUGAAGUACGCCAUCUACGAUCUGCUCCCGAGCUUCGUCAAGCCCCUCGAGGCCAUCGAGAUCUCGAGGGUUGAGGCCGAGGUGUGGUUCGUAAAAGUGAGGAAGACGCUGGAAGACAACUCCAUACAUAGGUAUUUCAACUACUAUUUCUGGUAUGCGCAAAAGCCAAUCCCGGAAGAAGGGACACCAAUCCAGAGUUGA